AUGAGCGGCGCUAGGGCUUUUGAGAUUGGCGACGUUAGGGUUUCGGCGGCAGGACAUCGAGAUGCGGCCAUGAUGGAUGUGGGGGAUGGAGCAAGACCACCGGGAGACCCGCCAGAUACAGGGACUUCGUGGGUAUCCAAGGUUGUGGGAACGAGCGAGGGAGGUAUGCCGAUUCCGGAGAAUUUGCUUGACGAUGAUUUUGUGACGGAGAGGCUUCGAGUGGAGUUUCCUAAUGGAGAGGAUGGUGAACCGUCUAUCACAAUUGACACAGAGGUGUUAGAAGCGAUGAAUGGGAUGUGGAAGCAGUGUAUGAUCGUUAGGGUACUGGGAAGGAGUGUGGCAAUCUCUGCCUUGAGCAAGAAGUUACGAGAGCUAUGGAAACCGAAGGGAGCAAUGUACGUGAUGGAUUUGCCCCGACAGUUCUUCAUGGUCCGUUUUGAGAAGGAGGAGGAAUACUUGGCGGCGCUGACAGGAGGCCCAUGGAGAGUUUUUGGCAGUUAUCUCAUGGUGCGGGCUUGGUCGUCGGAGUUUGAUCCCCUAAAAGAUGACAUUGCUACAACGCCUGUCUGGGUUAGACUAACGAAUAUUCCAGUGAACCUUUAUCACCGUUCGAUUCUUAUGGGGAUUGCGAAAGGUUUGGGACAGCCUGUUCGUGUAGACAUGACCACGCUGAAGUUUGAGAGGGCAAGGUUUGCAAGAGUUUGUGUCGAAGUCAACUUAGCAAAACCAUUGAAGGGGACAGUACUAAUAAAUGGAGAGAGAUACUUUGUAGCAUAUGAAGGGCUAUCUGAUAUCUGUUCUAAAUGCGGACUAUACGGACAUUUGGUCCAUGCGUGUCCAAGAACAAUCGCGGAGAGAGUGGCUAAUAUGGUAAUACAUACGGAGAUGGCACCGCCGUCUAAAGUAGCGCCUAAACAAACCACGCCAAUGCAAGAUGAUGGAUUUACCCAAGUAAGAGGAGCGAGAAGAGGUACACCAACGUUGAGGCCAGUGAAUUUGGUGACAGGAGAAGCAAGAGAGGUAGCUAAGCGGAACCCGCGAGAGCUUCCUAAUGCUAAGGAAACUAAUAACAUUGCACUAGCAAACAAGUAUGGUAGUCUUGAGAUGACUACAAAUGGAGGUGAAUCAAAGGAGGAUAUGGUUACUAGUGAAGGGAACAAGGAGAACCAGGACAUGAAUAUCCAGAACAAGAAGGAAAAGAGCUUACUGCAAGAGAAGGAAGGGUUGAUCUUUAGCGGGAAAGCUAAUGCUCCUACUAGUUCGAAAGGAGGGAACCAGGAGAAGUGGACCACAAAUAAAAAAGUUAAUGAGGGAAGUAGAGGGAAGCCCAAAAAAGUGAACAAUAGGCCCGUUCGUGGCUUGGUGUUUGGUCCAACGAAGGGAGAAAUAAGUUUAUCGGAAUCUGGAAAAAGACUGAGAGUGGAACAUACUAAUGCAGGGAGAGCUGGUGGUGUGUUCAGUGAUAGCGUGGAGAAGGUUCAGACUAGGUCUACAACUCUGCUACUACGAGAUGAAGAGGUGGAGAAUCCCAUGGAUAGUACUAUCAGCGAGGAGGAUCAGAGAGUGGCUGAUACGCAGACGAGUUUGCAAGGGGAUGGAAGGGUCUUGUCCCUUGCAUAA